UGGAAGCUGCUGGACUUGAAUGUUGAGAGACUGUUUUGAGCUGUGAAAUCCCCUCUUCUCGUGUAGGUAUGGAACCGACUUAAAACAUUAGAUGAAUAUACCCUCUCUCGAGGGUGGACUAAGCAACGAAUUCAUAUAAUCUGGACACUAACCACCGACCAUGUGGCGAGUUCAAGGCAUUGUUGGCAGGGCUCUGUACCGUUGGCAUGCCAACAACACACCCCUGCGCCUGUCCCAUCGCGAGGAUGAGGUUAUCAACACCUCCAGCCUCCUCUCCACCAACUUCCACUCCUCUGACAACAGGGAGGAAGGGGAGGAGAGGAGGAGGAAACGCACAUCUCAGUUCUACUACACUGGGCUGCCCCGCUACACUGCACUGGAUGCAAUGGGAUGGGGUACAGCAGCGGUGGUCUUCAUGCAAGUCUGCAGACGUAUCCACUCUCACUACUCCCGUGUGGGGGACCCCAGCCCCAGUCAGACCAGCCACCAGGAAUCGGGGCUUAUUCGCAAGUGUGGAUACCGAAUCCUGCUAGACCUCAUUUCCAGGCAGCAUGACUUGUCCAGACAAGUGCUGCCGGGUGCACUGAGCCUGUACCGCCAGAGGGGGGCGCCAGAGUACAACAGCAGCAUUAGCUCCUCUAGCAGUUCCUCCUCCUCUGCAGCCGUCACUGAACACUUUGACCAGCAGGAGGCGCUUCUGAGCCAGGAGUUACCCCUCACAGAAGAGUCAUUUUCUGAUGCCAGUGUACACAGCGUUGAAGCCAAACCUAAAACACAGAAUGAGCAGGAUCCUGCCACACCAGAGGACAGCUUGUCAGAGGCGGCGGAGAACCUGGGGCAUGUAGCAGAUAGCAGCAUACCGGUCAUCCUCAACAUCAUCGGUCUGGAGAGUGCGAGGGCUGGGGACCAUGAGGCUGCGUUCAGCUGUUUCCUGGCCUCUGCCCAGAAUCGCUACAGCAAGGCCCAGUUCAACGUCGGGGUGUGCUAUGAGAAGGGCAGAGGAGUCCGGAAGAACCUCAACAAGGCGCUGCAGUUCUACAGGCGUGCGGCAACGUCGGGCCACAGGCAGGCCCAGUACCGCUGUGCUAAACUCCUCCUGAGCAGCAGGAGGCAGCAGAGAGCCGAGGAGGACCAGGCCACAGCCAUCGCCCUGCUGGAGGCAGCGGCCGCCGCUGGACUGACUGAGGCCCAGCUGUAUCUUGGGGUGCUGCUGUCACAGGAGCCAGCUGGAGACCAACAGAGGGCCGUUCAAUACCUCCGCAUGGCCGCUCAAAGUGGGGACAGCGUGGGUCUGCUGUACCUGGGUCAGUGUUAUGAGUGUGGCGUAGGGGUGAAGCAGUGUCUGGGCACGGCGGCUAACCUCUACAGACAGGCGGCCGCGGCAGGCAACCAGAAGGCCAAGGGGCUGCUCAUGGACAUGUGCCACAGGGAAGAGGACCGUGUUCUGCGUUCCAUCCGUUCUGCCCCGUGCUUCUCCGCGCUCGACAACCUCACUUUGGGUUCUGUCCUCUCCGGAGCCUUCCAAGAGGCGAGUCCUACUGGGCAGCGUCAGCGUUCUGAUUGGCCAGUCCAGCCUUUACCUCACUCUCAGAGCACAGGCAGCCUCCGAGUCCCGCCCACUCACCUCUACUCGUUCUCCGGUGCUGACAACGCACCCAGCAAGUGGACCAUAGGGGUUGGAUAACUGUAUCACACACACACACCAAGCAGACAUGGAUCAUAGGGGUCGGAUAAGACUGUCUAACACACAUACAGAGUACACAUACAUACACACACACACACACACAUACAUACACACACACACACACACACACACAUACACACACACACACACACACAUACACACAUACGGAUUGUAUGGGUCAAAUACAAGACACAGUGAAACAAGCAUGCAGAAAAACAUAGGGGUUUGCAUAAGCACUGUACAAACAGAAACAUUAGACACUCACACGCACGCCUAUACACAUACAAGCUCGCACACAAAUAAAAGAUGAGAAGCUUCAUAACACAGGCCAGUAUUGAAGACAAAAUUGGUGCAUGGAGAAUAUUGUCACAGAAGUGUAGCAAGUAUUUCAUAUUGCACACUUUUUUCUUCAGGAAAAGAUGAGUGUCUUUUGGAACAUUUUUUUUUCUGGAGCAGAACCGUGCAGAGCACCUGUUGUGAAACUC